UGGACUCGCUGCUCCCGGCGGGCCCGGCCCGGGCUGGCGGGGGGGGACGCGGCGCUGGCGGGGCCCGACCCGCACCCGGUCCCCGAGCCCGAGCCCGGACCCGGCGGGCCGGGCAGGGGACGGGACGGGACGGGCCGGGCCGGGUCGGGUCGGGGACCGGCCGGCAGACAGGCAGCGGGGGCCCGGGCCUCAGCUCCCGGACGGCGGAGCCGGGCAGCGCCUCAGGUGGAAGAUGGGACCGUUUCCCUUGUGGUUUAGGUGACUCUGACACCUGGUUACCAUGAAGUCCCGAGGGAGAUAGAGGGACAGUAGUGGGAAUUUCUUCCCGCUCCUCCAAAAAAAUCCAACAAUUGCCUAAUGGGACUGCCUCUUACGCUGACGUCAUGGGGAGCUGCUGCAGUUGUCUGUGCAGAGACAGCAUCCCAGACAACCAUCCCACCAAAUUUAAGGUAACGAACGUGGAUGAUGAAGGUAACGAGCUGGGAUCUGGGAUUAUGGAGCUGACACAGACGGAGCUCAUCUUGCACACUCACAAGCGAGAUGCUGUCAGGUGGCCCUACCUCUGCUUGCGCCGCUAUGGCUAUGACUCCAACCUCUUCUCCUUCGAGAGCGGUCGUCGCUGCCAGACAGGGCAGGGGAUUUUUGCCUUCAAGUGUUCCAGAGCAGAGGAGAUCUUUAAUCUGCUUCAGGACCUGAUGCAGUGUAACAGUAUCAAUGUAGUGGAAGAGCCUGUUGUCAUCACCAGGAACAGUCACCCCACAGAGCGGGAGCUCUCCCGGACCCCCCAGGCACCCAACAGUCUGGGGUACACUGUCCCAGGAUUUCCCAAUGGAUUUCACAGCUUCCCUGGAGAAACCCUAUCAUACUCCGCAGUCCGCCACCCCUCUGUGAGCAGCCUGAGGCAUUCCUCUGUGGGUGAAGACUCUACUCAUGCCCUUAUUGGGCCUGAUGAUCAGUCCCACACCUACGUCAACACGGCCAAUGGUGAUCAGGAGCUGAGGGGCCGACAUUGUAUGCACUCCUUGCCUGAAGUCCACCCUCCUUUCCCCCAUAGGAACCGCAGCUGCUCCCUCGAAGACCGCAAUCCCCAGGUCUUUCUGCAGCCGGGGGAGGUUAAGUUCGUGUUAGGUCCCACGUCCAACUACAGACGCAUCUGUCGGCACCGCCGGGAGUGCAGGACGCACUUCUGCCCCCCCCACAACAACAACAACGAGUGUGAGGAGGAGUGCCCUUCACCCCAGUGCGUCUACGAGAAUGUCAACGGCUUGCUGCCCCCCAGCACCACCUCCUCUCUCUGCCGAGGCGGGCGCUUGAAACUCACCCGGGAGGACACGGGCUUACCCGGCUGCUCCCAUCGCAGAACGGCGUUGCUGCACUAUGAGAACUUGCCGUCGCUGCCCCCGGUGUGGGAGUGCCAGCCGCUCCAGCGGGGCGAGGAGGAUGUGGGUGCCGGGGACGUGCUGACGCCUUCCCCCAGUGGCUACUCUGAGGCUGGUGAAGAAGAUCCCCUGCAGAACUACAUGAACUCGGAGAACACCGCACUGCAUGGGGACAGUGGCCAACGGCGCAGCGGCUUCCUGCCAAAGCCUCGUCGCGGCUGCGUGCCCAGCGUCUUCAGCUUCGACUUCCCCCGGCCCUGUCCAGAGCAGCCGCGGCAACUCAACUACAUCCAGGUGGAGCUGGAGGCUGAGCCACGCAAGGGACAUCAGAACCCACCGGUCCCCCGUGUCCCACCUCCUGCCACCCACGAAGCCCGCCGGACGGACUCCUACGCGGUCAUUGACCUAAAAAAGACAGCGGCCAUGUCCAGUUUGCAAAGGGCCCUGCCGAGAGAUGAUGGGACUUCGCGGAAAACUCGACAUAACAGCACUGACCUGCCUCUAAUCAAACUGAAGAAAGCCAAGUCUAUACGGGAGAAAAUGAAGGAGGCUGGAGUGCUGGAGGACUUCCUGAAGAAAAUUAAAUAUGAUCCAGCUAAGAAAUACCACUUCAGUGAUGACUAUGUUGUGUACGAGCCGAUGACCAGCCACCUGGAUUCCUCCUACUUCGGGGAGAUCAGCAUGGGGACCCCCCCGCAAAGCUUCUUGGUGCUUUUCGACACCGGCUCCUCCAACCUGUGGGUGCCCUCCAUCUACUGCCAGACGCCGGCGUGCUCCAAUCAUGCAAAGUUCAAUCCCAGUGAGUCCUCCACCUUCAUCUCCAACGGCCAGUCCUACACCCUCUCCUACGGCAGCGGCUCGCUCACGGUGGUGCUGGGCUACGACACGCUGACGCUCCAGAGCAUCGUGGUCACAAACCAGGAGUUUGGGCUCAGCGAGAACGAGCCAUCCGAGCCUUUCUACUAUGCUGAUUUUGAUGGGAUCAUGGGAAUGGGCUACCCCUCACUGGCAGUGGGAGGGACACCCACCGUGCUGCAGGGCAUGCUGCAGCAGAACCAGCUCACCCAGCCCAUCUUCAGCUUCUACUUCUCUCGCCAACCCACCUACGACUACGGAGGAGAGCUCAUUCUCGGAGGAAUUGACACUCAGUUCUUCUCUGGGGACAUUAUGUGGGCACCGGUGACCCAGGAGUUUUACUGGCAGGUGGCGAUUGAUGAGUUUGCUAUCGGGCCGUCAGCGACCGGCUGGUGCAGCCAGGGCUGCCAGGCUGUCGUGGACACGGGGACGUUCCUGCUGACGGUGCCCCAGCAGUACAUAGGCAGCUUUGCUCAGGCUCUUGGUGCCCAGCCGACCGACUAUGGUUACGCAGUUGACUGCAAUGGGACCCAGAGCAUGCCCACCAUCACCUUCGUCAUCAACGGAGCUCAGCUCCCACUCAGCCCCUCCGCCUACGUCUCGAACAACAACGGCUACUGCACUCUUGCGAUUGAGGAGACCUACGUGCCUUCCCAGAAUGGGCAGCCGCUCUGGAUCUUGGGUGAUAUCUUCCUGAAGGAGUAUUACACCGUCUUUGACAUAGCUAACAACCGCAUCGGCUUCGCCUCGUCGGUGUAGAGGAGCAGAGCAGCAAAAUCCAGCCCUUCUCCUGGCCAAACACACCUUAGCCAGCAGUGCUGGAGCACUACGGGGUUCCUCUGGACCUCUAUGUUCCUUUACGUGUCUGCAUGGUUCCCCAUCCCUCCAGGAUUUCUGUGUGUGUUCUCAC